AUGAAUGUCACUACAACAACUUCAUCAUCAUCAUUUGUUCGAACAAUAUGGGUGCAGAAAGGCGGACGUAAUGAAAGGCGUUUUACGAUUCAACCUCAUAUGAAAAUAAUCGAUGAUUUAACAGAAGCAUUAUUUGGCGAUAAUCGCGAUUUGUACCAGGCUGUAUUUCGUGGACAAAUUCUUUCACCACGUGCUAUAAUACCUGAUGAUAUUGCUGAUGAAGAUUUACUUGAACUGAAGCUCUACAAAACUGGUCGUCAGGUACCAACAGACGACGACGAUGAUAAUGAGGAUCGUAAUAUUGGUAUGAAUAUUCCAAUGGGACAGAUUGAAUCAGAAAGAACCAAAAUGAUGAAUAUCAACAAACAAAUAGCAUCAAAGUUGAAUAGAUGGUUAGACAAAACCCAAAAUAAUUGUAUGUAUAGAAGACUUUAAAUAAAGAAGGCUUUUAACAGAUACGUAGGGCAUACUAAAAGUAGUAGCAGUAGUAUAUUAAUUCCUUAUAAAAAGCUUAAAGAACCGUUUUCUCUAUUUGAACUAAUAGUAGAAACGACACACUAUUUUUCUAUAGUAUUACAUCAUUCUGCAAGUAAUAUUAUAAUAAUAAAAUUUCGAUAAGAUCUGUAUCGUUCGCCUUUGUCAUGGUUAUACUAACGUCCAUCGGAAAAAAAAGGUGGAUAAGUAUUUUUUGAAUAAUUUUUGACAGAAACAAGAUACAGAGCUGCGGUCUUCGUCAUUGAAAAGAGGAGAUAAGACGCCUCGAAUCACAUAUUUUUUAUAGAAUAUUUUUUCUUAUUUUUCCACAAAACGGCCCGAUAGUGCCAAAAGUUGGUCUUGGCUAACUUUUCAUAGAAAGUAUAUUAGAACCUAAAAUUUUAGGGUUAGUAGUUUUAGACAUUGAAGUUUUGAAUGAGUAAAAUAAAUCGAAAAAAAAAUUUUAUCGAGUGCCUCGUAUACUCGAUGCUCUCAUGGAAGCUCUCUUAAAGACUCGAACUCUGACUCCAUUCUGAAAGUUUUUUCAACUCCGAUUUCGACGAAGUCGGAAUCGAAGUUCGGAGUCUCGUGCAGGUCUGUAGUUAGGGUAAAGGUACCAUAGGAUAAAGUAGGAUUAGGAUAAAGAAAUUUUUUUCAGAUAGGAUACAGGAUACAAAAAAGCAUACCCUGCACAUUUCUAGUUGGAAGAUAGGGGUUUGUUAUACUGUACGAAAAGAGUAGUAAAUCCUUUGCAAAAAUCCAAGGAAUUUAUAAUAAAAACGCAAUUUUUCACAUUUCAAUAUAUAUAGAUAAUCCAAAUACUGCUGAUAACGUAAGUAGCAGUCGAGAUUGCUUAGUCUCGACUAGUACUAACUCUUCCGACGCUGGAACAUUUAAUAAGCUGCUAUGGCAAGCAGUAAGUAGUUUAUGGCACCGUAUAACGAAUGGAACCACAUCUUAUAAGUCAAAGUCAGAGUAGUGAUAUAGUAUGUAUGUGCUUGUAGCUUUUGUAAUUGAUUAACUCUUAAUCCUCACAUCUUAGUUGUUAUUAGUGUACUUUUACACAUUUAUUGCUUUUGUCUUGUUUGUUUCUCUGUGCUUUCUGCUGCGUUUUUUUGUCUAUGUGUAUCUGUUGUAUAAAAAGAUAGAAAGAAAAAUCAGGCCAUAUCUGUCGUAGUGGUAUUAUUUCUCAUCAGAAGUCAUUGAUUACAAAAGUGGUGCACUGAAGUGGUAUAGGGAGAACGUCUCUGACAGGAGUGCUAAUGGGCUGGGCUUGGCCCAGCCCAGCCCGUGGGCCGAAAUUUCUUUAACAGAAAACCAUGG